AUGGAGGUGAUGGAGGAGGUACUGGAGGAGGUGAUGGAGAAGGGGAUGGAGGAGGUACUGGAGGAGGUGAUGGAGAAGGGGAUGGAGGAGGUACUGGAGGAGGUGAUUGAGGAGGGGAUGGAGUGUGAUCGAGUGAACGACUCCCCCUCCCUCACAGAGGACACCUCCCUCACAGAGCACACCUCCCUCACAGAGCACACCUCCCUCACAGAGCACACCUCCCUCACAGAGCACACCUCCCUCACAGAGCAUACCUCCCUCACAGAGCACACCUCCCUCACAGAAGACACCUCCCUCACAGAGCACACCUCCCUCACAGAGCACACCUCCCUCACAGAGCACACCUCCCUCACAGAGGACACCUCCCUCACAGAGGACACCUCCCUCACAGAGGACACCUCCCUCACAGAGCACACCUCCCUCACAGAGGACACCUCCCUCACAGAGGACACCUCCCUCACAGAGGACACCUCCCUCACAGAGCACACCUCCCUCACAGAGCACACCUCCCUCACAGAGCACACCUCCCUCACAGAGGACACCUCCCUCACAGAGGACACCUCCCUCACAGAGCACACCUCCCUCACAGAAGACACCUCCCUCACAGAGCACACCUCCCUCACAGAGCACACCUCCCUCACAGAGCACACCUCCCUCACAGAGCACACCUCCCUCACAGAGGACACCUCCCUCACAGAGGACACCUCCCUCACAGAGGACACCUCCCUCACAGAGCACACCUCCCUCACAGAGCACACCUCCCUCACAGAGGACACCUCCCUCACAGAAGACACCUCCCUCACAGAGCACACCUCCCUCACAGAGGACACCUCCCUCAGAGGACACCUCCCUCACAGAGCACACCUCCCUCACAGAGCACACCUCCCUCACAGAGGACACCUCCCUCAGAGGACACCUCCCUCACAGAGCACACCUCCCUCACAGAGCACACCUCCCUCACAGAUGACACCUCCCUCACAGAGCACACCUCCCUCAGAGGACACCUCCCUCACAGAGCACACCUCCCUCACAGAGCACACCUCCCUCACAGAUGACACCUCCCUCACAGAGCACACCUCCCUCAGAGGACACCUCCCUCACAGAGAACACCUCCCUCACAGAUGA